AUGUCGGCACGCAUGCGCAACAAGUUACAUAGUGACUUUAGCUUCAAGUUAACAUUGCUGCCGUCAGUUUGGCUGUUGCUGUUUGUACAACUCGCAGUGCAAUUGGCUAAUACAGUUGCUGCCAAAGAUUUGCCGUCAACUUUUGACAAGUGCAAACGCGAUGCGAACUUUGACAAAUGCCUUGUGGAUGCUGUAAACAAUGCUAUCUUGCUGCUCAAGGAUGGCAACAAGGAGUUCGGCAUACCACCACUAGAACCACUCGCUGUUAAAUCGCUGGUCAUCGACUCCGGCAAUGCACCAAUUACGUUAAAGCAAACGAUGAAAAAUUUGCUAGUGCAUGACAUGAUCUCGACCAGCAAAGUACAACGAUAUCGCACUGAUCUAAACAAUCAUCUGAUUAUUUGCGACAGUAAAACCGAUCGUAUUGAAAUGGUGGGCGAUUAUGAAAUGUCAGGACGCAUACUACUAUUACCUAUAACGGGUAAUGGCAAGGCGAAUUUAACAUUGAUCAACACUCGUAUCGAACAUCGUCUCAUUGGUGAACCUUUCAUGCGCGAUGGCGUUAAAUAUAUGCGCUUGAAAGAGUAUCGUGUAGAUUUGAAUCCAAAACGUGUUUAUAUGCAAUUUGAUAAUCUCUUCAAUGAUCGUUUACUCUCACAAACAAUGAAUCGUUUUCUGAAUGACAAUUGGGAGACGGUGUUCAAUGAGCUAAAAGUUGGCUACGCAAGUAGUUUUGGUAAAAUUUUCCGUGAUAUAUCGAAUAAGUUAUUUGAAGAGAUACCUUUCGAUUCAAUAUUCUUGAGUUCUUGAACCCGUAGCACACUAAAGUAAGGGUGCAUCUAAAAAACAAUAGCUGGGUAUUUUGCUUUUAAUAUUUAAUAAGAAGUUAUAAGAAUGUGAGUGAGAACUUUAAAUUGAGUUAUUUUUGAAUUUAUUAUGUGUAGUUAU